AUGGCCCCAGGACCAAGGCGAGGGAGCGCAUGUGAACAGGCCUUCUAUGAUGGCAUCUCAGGCUGCUGGCAGCCUUCAGGAGUCAGCACCACGGCUGAAGACAUCAGGACCAAAAUCAAGGACUACAAAAUCCCCUUUGACAGCCACUUUCCAAACCAGAACGAAACCAGGAACUGCUGGCUGAACUAUCUGGACUUCCACCACUGCGAGAAGGCAAUGACCACAAGCGAGGGUGGUGAUGUCUCCAUGUGUGAGUGGUACCAGCGUGUGUACAAGUCCCUCUGCCCCGUAUCAUGGGUCUCAGCCUGGGAUGACGGCAGAGCAGAAGGUGCAUUUCCUGGGAAGAUCUGACCUGGCUCCACCCACCUCUC